GCUGGGGCGGUCUGAUGAGCCCGACGGUUCCCAGGAAGCAGCGCUGCUUAUUUGAUACUUUAUAGCGAUAAAAACGGGCGAAACACUACAUUUCGAGGUCAAGAGGUACCAAUGUAAACAGUUAAAUAUGUUUAAAUAAUUUCAGGUUAGCUUGUUGCCAGCGUCAGAGGACUUUUGUUAUGAUUUGGCGUUGAUAUUGGUGAUGUUUACUUCAGAGGUUCCUCUAAAGGGUAGCUAAUAACUGGAGCUUCUAGCCUCCACUGCCUGAAUAUCAGGCAGAAAGACACGUAAAAACACCGUAUAUUUGUUUCACCUGGGUCGUGGGCUGGCGGCAAGCCAAUAAGUGACUCUGGAGCAGGACACGGAGGAUAGUAUGGCCAUGACGGGAGGGACUGCAGCUGCCCUUCCCAUGAGCAACCACACCCGAGAGAGGGUGACCGUGGCCAAGCUGACACUGGAAAACUUUUACAGCACUCUGCUCACCCAGCACGAGGAGCGGGAGAUGAGGCAGAAGAAGCUGGAGAAGGCCAUGGAAGAUGAGGGUUUACCAGACGAGGAGAAAGUAAUGCGUCGCUCGCAGCACGCUCGUAAGGAGACCGAGUUUUUGCGACUGAAGAGGACGCGGCUGGGCUUGGAUGACUUUGAGUCCCUUAAAGUCAUUGGACGAGGUGCUUUUGGAGAGGUUCGUUUGGUGCAGAAAAAAGACACAGGGCACAUUUACGCCAUGAAGAUUUUGAGAAAAGCAGAUAUGCUGGAGAAGGAACAGGUUGCUCAUAUCCGAGCAGAGAGGGAUAUUUUAGUGGAGGCAGACGGUGCCUGGGUGGUGAAGAUGUUCUACAGCUUCCAGGACAAGAGGAACCUCUACCUCAUCAUGGAGUUCCUGCCCGGAGGUGACAUGAUGACCCUGCUGAUGAAGAAGGACACUCUGUCUGAGGAGGCCACUCAGUUCUACAUCGCAGAGACCGUGCUGGCCAUCGACUCCAUCCACCAGCUGGGCUUCAUCCACAGAGACAUCAAACCAGAUAACCUGCUGCUGGACUCCAGGGGACACGUGAAGCUGUCAGAUUUUGGCUUGUGUACAGGACUGAAGAAGGCUCAUCGCACAGAAUUUUACAGAAACCUGACACACAACCCACCCAGCGACUUCUCUUUUCAAAACAUGAACUCCAAGAGGAAAGCAGAAACCUGGAAGAAGAACCGGAGGCAGCUGGCUUAUUCCACUGUGGGAACGCCAGACUACAUCGCCCCUGAAGUCUUCAUGCAGACGGGAUACAACAAGCUGUGUGACUGGUGGUCUCUGGGUGUCAUCAUGUAUGAAAUGCUCAUCGGUUAUCCACCCUUUUGCUCGGAGACGCCGCAGGAGACGUACAGGAAAGUGAUGAAUUGGAAGGAAACCCUCGUCUUUCCACCUGAAGUCCCCAUCUCAGAGAGGGCCAAAGACUUGAUAUUACGGUAUUGCACUGAUGCUGAAAACAGGAUUGGAGCAGUAAGUGUGGAGGAGAUCAAAAGUCAUCAGUUCUUUGAGUCGGUGGACUGGGAACACAUCAGGGAGCGGCCAGCAGCCAUCUCCAUUGAAAUCAAGAGUAUCGACGACACCUCAAACUUUGACGACUUCCCUGAAUCAGACAUCCUUCAGCCAGCCAAUGCGACGGAGCCAGACUUUAAAUCAAAGGACUGGGUGUUCCUCAACUACACGUACAAACGCUUCGAGGGCCUGACUCAGCGAGGCACCAUCCCCACAUACAUGAAGGCAGGGAAGGCCUGACACGUUCAAACUGGGAGACGGUGUUGUGGAGAGAAAAAUAGACGUUUACGGACACAGGGUCGGGCCAUGGAGCCCUGCUGGUGCUGAAGGCUGCGCCAUCAGCCUCUCAGUCUAAAUUUAACCCUCAUCACAAGUUAUUUAGGUCUGCUCAGCCGCCGCAAGAACGCCAAGAGCUCGGAUAUUAAGGAGCGUUACCGCAUUACCUCGGUUGUUUAUAUCGUAUACUGUACAUGUGCCGUCUUUAGCCAUAGCUCUCAGGCCAGCUCACAAACUAGGACACUAAAUCAGCAUAUCUGCAUGUACAGCGGCAUAUUGCUUCUGGAGAGGAUUUACAGUGGGAAUGAGGCUUGAAUACAAAUCACUGCUUUGACAUAUUCACAUCGAUAGUUUCAACACUGGUGGCUAAAUUAGCUCUGAUACUGAAGACACGCUCUAUACACUGUAGUCAAACUCUGGAUUAUUAGUAAGUAUGAACAGGAACCUCUCACUU